AUGAUCAAACCACGAAACGGUGCCGGGCUUGGGCGUCUUCCAUUAUUUGGCGCCCAUAAAAUGGAUGAUGGCACAAAGAAUAACGCGCAUAGGAACACGGAACAAAAUCUGGCAGACCGAGUUCGGUACAUCAUGCGCUCGAAAAUAUUUGAUGAUGCCGAAAUCGAACGACUACGAAGUGAGGCUAUUCCCUCAUCGAAUGAAUCGGCUAUGGCUGGGGAUGCGGCUCCACAGGCGUCAGACCAGCAUCCACACGUGGAAUCCGCCAUGGAUCUUCCGGUUCCGCCGGAUAUCACGCAGAAACUAACGGAACGCAUAGAUGACAUGAAGCAAAAGAUCGCUGCUUGGGGGAGGCGGAUUCGACGAUUUACCGAGAGGUCAAGGUGGUUCAACCAGAAUCAUCUCUACCAGAGUGAACAGAAGAGGAUCUAUAAAUCAUUGGAGCGACCAGAGGUAUAUAGAGCGGACCUGGGACCGGAUCAGGCCGACACUAUCGCAUUCUGGCGUGGCCUGUGGUCAGAACCCGUAAACCACAGCGAGGGCUCUUGGAUUGAAGUUGUGACGAGCCAGGGUGCGAAUGUUACGGCUAUGGACCCCAUCACCAUAACGCCGGAAGAUGUCACUGAGGCGGUCCUUAGGGCCCCAAACUGGAAAAGUCCCUGGCUCGACGGGCUGCAUCCUUACUGGCUGAAGGGGUUCGUAGUGUGUCACACUGUGCUCGCCCGACAGUUUCAAGAGGCUCUCGAUCAGAAGUCGCUCCCGAGCCUCUUCACAACUGGAAUCACUCACUUAGUUCUUAAAGAUCAGGAUACCACAGACCCGAUCAAAUACCGUCCCAUCACGUUUCAAAAUGUUUACUACCGGUUGUGGGUUAAAAAACGAAAAGUAUUUAGUGACGAGGUGACGAAAAGUGAUAUUAUGAUAAUAAUGGAACAUGCACCAAAGAUGAAAAAUAGGUUGAAGCAUUUGGUAUUUCUUGCCGAUACGGACCAUCAUUCGAUAAGCGAUCUGGCGCGCGUAGUCAUUUGGAGUCUUAUCACUGGUGUACCCUACGUCAGUUUCUACGAUAUUACCGGCGAACUGAAACAUAAUGAAGAAAAGCUCUUCUGGGCUAUUGAAAAAAAUAAGAAAGGAAUACCAGGCUGUAUAAAAUGGUCAAACAAACCAGAUUUAAACGGGUAUACCUAUGGGAUGAAUGCAAAUACAGUUAUUAUUAAUAUCUUUAAUUACUUGAAUGGAAGACCACAAAUAGUAAAUUGUAUAAAACAAAUAGCUAAAGGUGAACUAUUGUGUGAAAAGAAAUCAAUAGAAUACACAACACAGGAAUUUGGAGAGGCUUUAACUCAAAUCUACUCAUCAAUUCCUGAUCCUGAUUUAAUUCUUUAUACUGGACCACUAUGUUGCAGUUAUGGUUUAAUGCCAUGGCAAAUUAGAUUAGCAGAGUUUAUUCAACUCUCCUUAGACCAUAGUGUAAAUAUAGAAAGUUAUUUAGGUGCUUUAUUUAAGUAUAAUAAAUGUGAUCAAAGAUUUGGUAAAUAA